GCUCCGGAAGGUAUCCAGUUCCUCGAGGCCAAGAAGUUAGAAGAAGGAGUGGUUGAGACCGCGAGUGGCCUCCUCUACAAGGAGAUUCGUCCCGGUAGUGGCAAGACGCCCACCGAAAACUCUCCUUGCAGUUGCCACUAUGCUGGACGCCUUAUUGAUGGCACCGAGUUCGAUAGCAGCUACAAACGUGGUGCUCCUUUGUCCUUCGCUCCAAACCAAGUUAUCAAGGGAUGGACGGAAGCGAUGCAGCUCAUGAAGGAAGGCGCCAAGUGGGAGCUUUACAUCAAGAGCGAAUUGGGCUACGGUGAACGCGGUGCCGGUGCGAAGAUUCCGGGCGGCGCCGUUUUGGUGUUUGAUCUCGAGCUUCUCGAAGUGAAAGGAGACUUUGUUAAAGAUCAGUAG